CAUUCAUUGCACACAUAUUCCAAAAUAUUUUCUUACAUUGUUACUGUAAAAUUCAUGUAAUCAAUGUUUUGGGAAGGCAGUGCCAAACUUCGCGCUUGAGUAGAGUAACCAACUUUGAACUCAACAUUCUGCCCUAAGGCGAGUUGAUGAACUUGUGAAACAAAAACAACUAAAUAAGCAGCAGUUCCCUGACUGUACCCCAGUACACGUUCAAUAAGAACGCUUCAUUAGCUUACAAAGAUUUCUUUGCAUUCAAACUUAGAAUACAAAAGGUUUUGGAAAGCAGAGGAGGGGGGGGGGAUACAACUCCAGUUUGGUCAACGAUUUGUGAACAAGCAGCGAUCGAAACUUGGAUCUCGAGCUAUCAAGUUAAGAAUACGACGGAAACAAGAGAUGGUAUUGUGGUGCGUCUAACGUAUCCACCCAAUGCAUUCAUGCGAGGAAACUUGGUGAUUAACCUCUUCAGACAAAACCGAUUUGACAGAACUGCACGACACGAUCGAUCUCCAGGUUAAAUACAUCGCCACUAUAUGGGAAUCUCAAAUGAAAGACAAUUCCAUUGUUGACUACAUACACUGCUAGUCAUUUAUAAACUCUACACUAAUCAAAACAGUGCAGGAAAUCAAGUUCACAGUCAAGUAUUUCGUCUCUUCAAACUGAACGUCUCUAAUGUUUGUAGUUCUGGGGUGAUACUUUCCAAAGAAAUAAAUCUGUGCGUGUAAAUUGCCUGCUUCCUCUGAUUGUGUACUGAAGGAGAUCAACAGAUGGACGUGUUAAAAGUCAAAUGUCUGAUGUAGACGUGAGAUGUUUAUUUCAAAGAUGCUCCUAAAAUAACGCCUUUCUUCUUGUUCUAUGGAUAUGCUAGACAAACAGAACAUGGAGGAAAAAACAGAUUCUUUUAUUCAGUUACAAGGGAACUAUUUCAUCAUGGACUCUGAGCAGCUGGUCUCCAAACCUUUCCGAGAGUUGCAGCUGGAGGCGGUGAAUGAUGCCCACAAGAAGAGCUCCAUGACCGAGAAGCUGACCACAGUGAAGAACAACAUCUGUGAGAAACAUUUCGUGAUGGCCAAGGGAAGGUUAGAGAGACAGAAGAUGACUAGACUCAAACAGCUGCAUGACAACUCCAACAAACUUCGUCAGGAGGUGAAACUGUUCAACUUGGACAGACAACGUCAUCACGUGGAGGUCAAGAAACGGUUACAGCCUGACAGGGAUUACAGCUAUGACGACACAGUAGUCCUCAAUAUGGAGCGAAGGCUCGGGGCUAACAUAGCUUCAGGUUACCUGGAUAAGAAACUCAAAUACCCUAUCCGACUAAGAUCAAUAAACGAUAUCAGAGUCACCCCAGUGGUCAAAAAGGCCAGAGAAUGUCUCCAGCAGCAUGUCACUCAAAGGACAAUCGAGACAACACUCCGGGCCAGUCCACAGAGAUCACACACAGCAAGGAGCACAGCUACUUCCAUCCCCAGUGCCUUGUACCAGAGAAGAAACUCGCGAUCUGCUCCAACUACUUCACGCCCGUCUGAUCAACUACAGACAGCACUGCCCAAUAUCCAGCAACACCGAAGCCUUACCAGCAGGCAGGAGCAGCGUCCGCAGACAAAAGUGAAAUUUUCUUUGAAGAAUCCACCAGAGGAUCAGCUAAUGUCAAGACAAAUGACGCGAGCCAACACUUUUAAUUCCGGCAUUAGCUUACCUCAAACUACACAGAGCAAUGAUUUCUCAGAAGAAGACGACCUCGACGAAGAUCCAGAUCUACCUGAUUACAUCGAUCUCCGCGAACUGUUUCACGGCAACGUCACCCUGCGACAAGACAACAGCGUCCAACUUCCCAUGUCUGCUAGUCGCUCGGUGAACAAUGCAGCAGCGACAUCAGCUAGAAGGACUCCCGGGUCUCCGCCAAAGUUAACCACAGACAUGCUGCAGUUGGAGAUGGAUCAGAUCAACUCGAAAAUUAACACGUUCAUCAAAACUCUGUCGGAGUCACGUGGUAAGGCCAACAGUGACGAGGACAGUGAUGACGGCUUCAUGGACAGCAUCAGCCAUAAACUGAUCAAAUUUCCAUCGAACGUGUUCCAGGGUCACCACAAAGAAAUCAGCAACCUCAGAAGCACACCGGGUAAAUCAAGCAAACCUGACCCAGCACCACCCCUCAGUACAGAAGAUCAAUUCACCUCUCAACUACUUCCGUCGGAAGUCACUGACGCUUCACUAACUAGCCGCGAAGAGGUGAUCGAACCUGCAAAGGCAGCCCAAACUCCCAGAUACUCGUGGCAGUUCAUUCGAGGACACCUGCGGGAGCGAGAGAAAAGUGACCAGAAUACAGAGGAGCUGGUCCUACAGGCGUUGACCGGUAUUCCAAUCAGCAAUUCCAUGCACACCCACGUCCCCCUGCACACAGCCUCCAGGGCUCUGCGCCACACCUCCACAUUCAAGAUGCACAAGAUAGUGGAGAAGCUGAUACAGGAGAGGACUAGGUAUGAGCGCCUUCAAGUGGAAGAGCUGAAGAAGCAGAUGGUAGCAGAAGAAGCACAACCAGCGGAAGGUGAGACUGUUGCGGAGUCCAUGGAAGAGGCUAAAAUGGAGUGAACAUAUUUUUGUUUUUUCAAACUUAAUAGUACUUCAUGAUUUCUCAUGUGUGACUCACAGACUCUCGUGUUCCUGUUAAUAAAUAUACCUCGGGUUUGAAGUGGACAAGAAAUACAAAAGAAAAAACAAAUUCAGAAUUCAAAGCGCUAAUGAAAAAAACUUGAAGGAUAGGAGCAAAAUGGUGAAACAUCACGUGACUCCUGUCUAAAAAUUUGAAUAAAAAUUCCAUCCUCUUCGAACUUAACUUUUCUGUAAGCAGCCCAGCGCAUGACCACUCAUUCAAUAUAGUAAGAUAAACCAGCUCAUCGAUAUGGAUAUAUGCUUUUUGGUAUUUCAAAUCAUCCAGGGGAUUAAUAUGAAGUUUGCUAAUCGAGGGAUGUUGUCGAGUUGUAUGAGUGUCUUGUAGGUCUUCAGCUUCCUUUUGACUAGUGAGGCACAGGAUGUUUGUGUGACCAACAGUCUACGAGUGUGAGUUGACCAGCGUACUGACCAACCAACAUUUACAUCCAAUUCUGAGUGUACAUUUGUAUUGCUUUCAAAUUGGAAUUACUCAUGUUUAGGAUCAACUUCGAGGCUUGGAUAUGACAUUUCCGCUUUAUUGUAAGUGUGAAGUCAUGACUAUAUCAAGUUUAUGUUCAGCUUGAAAGAAGACAUAAUGACAAUAGAGUUCUCAAGCUGUUGCUAGUAGUGGCUCAGCGGUCCAGCGCGGCGUAGUCAUAAAACUGCUGGUUGGUCACAUUUGAAUAACGAGCCGGGUCAAAAACAUUUUGUUUGGCUAGUGGCACGAACUGACGGUACCACAAUCUCGAUAUACACACGUGGGGGCAUCGUGCACGUGAACAUAUCUGCAUCAGAUGGUGACACGAUGGGUGGAAGGUCUAUGCCAAGUGCUUCCAAAUGAUCUCGACUUAUCUUCCAUUGGUGUUCUGAUAUCGAUUCUUCCCAAGUUUAUAGCAUAGGGGUCAAACCAUCUCGACGUUAAACCACGUUCUCACAAAGCCAGAUCAAUCUAGAGACUGAAUGUUAACUGCUGAAUCCUCUUCACCAGCUGAAAGUAAUGAGAGGACAGCACCAACACCCAUGACUAUACAAACAACAUUGCAAGCCUUUGUUCACUAGGAUGUGUUGAUAUUUGUCUGAUGAAUUAAACCAAACAGUACCAAGUUAUCUUA